AUGCCCAGGGGCUUCCUGGUGAAGCGGACUAAACGGACGGGCGGCUCCUACCGAACGCGCCCGGCGGCGGCGGCGGCGGAGCGGGUCUUCUCCCUGCUGGGACCCCAGGGGGCGCCGCCCUUCCCCGAGGAGGUGUCCGCCGCCUCCCGGCCCGCUGCCGAGCGGGCGGAGCCCCCGACCCCAGGGGAGCCCCGAGAGGGGAUGGAGGAGGAGGAGGAGGAGGAGGCUGCAGCCCUCGGGUUGUCUGGGUCGCCCCGCGGGGCGGCGGGGGGGAGCCCAGGCGCGGGCGCGCGCGAAGACGCCGAGUGGCGGGCGGAGGGCGGGGAGGCUCCCGGGCCGGGGCCCAGCCCCGCGAGGCCGGCGGGCGCGGAGCUGCGCCGCGCGUUCCUGCAGCGCUGCCUCAGCUCGCCCGUGUCCGCCGAGUCCUUCCCCGGGGGCGCCGCCGCCCUGGCCGCCUUCUCCUGCUCGGCGGAGCCGGCGGCUGCGCCGACCUCGGGGGAGCAGUUCCUGCUGCCGCUCCGGGCGCCGUUCCCGGAGCCCGCGCUGCACCCGGACGCCCUGCACGGCCCGAAGCGGGCGGCGGGCGGCGAGCGGCGGCACAAGGCUCCCGCGGGCUGCGCGGCCGGGCCCGUGGCGCCCGGGGCCAAGAGACCGAAGGCCAUGAGGAAGUUGAGUUUCGCCGACGAGGUGACCACGUCGCCGGUGCUGGGACUGAAGAUCAAGGAGGAGGAACCCGGAGCGCCGUCCCGGGGCGCGGGGGGCGGCCGCACGCCGCUGGGGGAGUUCAUCUGCCAGCUGUGCAAGGAGCAGUACGCCGACCCCUUCGCGCUGGCGCAGCACCGCUGCUCCCGCAUCGUGCGCGUCGAGUACCGCUGCCCCGAGUGCGACAAGGUCUUCAGCUGCCCCGCCAACCUCGCCUCCCACCGCCGCUGGCACAAGCCGCGGCCCCCGGCCGCCCCCGCCGCCGAUGGGAAAGCUCGGCCGCCGCCCGCGUCCGCGCUGGGCGCCGGGGCCGUAGCGUCUCUCCUGGCGGACGGGAAGGAGAACAGCCGCGCGGAGCCGGGCGCCGAUCAGCACCCGCAGGCCGGGGACAGCGCCGGGGCGGAGCCGCUCGCGCGGGGCGCCCCGCGCCGAGGCUUCCAGGUGUCGGCCCCCCCGGAACCGCCGCCGCCGCCGCUCCCCUACCCCGAGGGGCCGCUGGGGCGCCGGGCGCCCGGGGCCAGCGGUGUGGGGGCGCCGGACAUCUUCGUGUGCCCGUACUGCCACAAAAAGUUCCGCCGCCAGGCCUAUCUGCGCAAGCACCUGGGCACCCACGAGGCGGGCCCGGCCCGCGUGCUGCCCCCCGGCCUGGGCCCCGAGCGCGGCGGCCCGCUCGCCUUCGCCUGCCCGCUGUGCGGGGCGCGCUUCCCGUCGGCGGACGGCAGGGACAAGCACCGGCUGUGGCACGCGGUCCGCGACGAGCUGCUGCUGCCCGCGCUGGCCGGCGCCGCCCCGGAGGCUCCCAGCCCGGCCGUGGCCGUGGCCGUGGCGGCCGACGGGGGCGCGCAGCAGAUCUUCUCGUGCAAGCACUGCCCGUCCACGUUCUUCAGCUCCCCGGGGCUGACUCGGCACAUCAAUAAGUGCCACCCCUCGGAGAGUCGGCAGGUGCUGCUGCUGCACAUGCCGCUGCGGCCCGGCUGCUGAUGUGCCCGCCGCCUGGGCGGGGGUCUCGGCAUGCAAAGCCACUCUCUUGUCUCUGCCCUCUCUCUCCUAAGACGCCCCCGCAUUCGGUGUCCCGCCAGCAGCGCGGGCAGCGAAAUGUUCAAACCCUUCUCUAGAGCAGGUAUGUAUGUAUGUAUGUGCUACACACGUUUGUGGUAAAGGACUGUCAGCUUCAAGCCUUCGCACCCCCCCCCCCCCAACGAAAAUAGGAUUUCCCCUUCAAACUCUGGAGACGAACGAAUCCUAUAUGGCCUGUAAUUCCUAUGGAAAGUCACAGUGAAUGCGUGCAUGUCUCGGUGUCUGCAGAGGAGUCUAGCCACCAGAAAUGGUAAACAUGAGUUUGGUUCGGUUGUUUUUUCUUGCCAUCGCAGGCACGUGUGUAGUUUCUGUCUCAAUAGGGUCAGAUAUCUUGCAUUUGUAUAUUCUGUGAAUUAAAAGUUAUGUGACUGGUGCCAAACUUACAGGGGGGUGAAAUGAUUCAAGACCUUUGUGGACCGGAAAUGUAAGAGGAUAGCUGUGCUUUGGGGGGGGUGGGGGGUGGGGAGGGCAUCACCCUUUUCUUAAUCACUAGUCCUUUCUUGAGUUAGUGUUUGGAGGUGGGGAAGAUGCUAUUUUACUGAAAGGAGUUCACACCCCCCAAAUUCUCACUUUUACUUUGCGUGCAGUAUUCAGGAACAGCUGACUUAAUACUCUCCUUAAAAAUAGUUUUUUGGUUUUUUUUUUCAUUUUGUUAUAGGACUUGGCUUCUAAAGUUUGACUGUUUCCAUAAGGCUUUACCAAAUUGUUGAGUGCUUGUUUUUAAUCUCAGACUUUGUAUUAUAUAUGAACCUGUUCACCUUAAAGGAGUGGAUACCUUUAUGGAAAUCCAAUAUGGAACCAAUUCAUUCAGUAUUCAGCAUUUUCUUUUCUUUUUUGUAAAUCACUUUCAGUGUACAUUCUGUACCCAUAUUCUAAUAGCCAGAGUUUGGGACGCUGGCCUAGUAUUGCUUGACAGCCCAUACUUGUAAGAUGCUUACCACCAAAUAAAUGUACAUAGCUGGCACUCUGUUGUGUUCUGUGUUUGUCUUGUUGAACACAGCCUGUUUUCUUCCCCAAAACUGCAUUUCUCUCCCAGAAAGCCAUUAUCCUACUUCAGAAUCUUAGUGACCCAUUACACAGAA